AUGGUGUACAAUGCUAAGUUUGUAGAGUUCCUGACCCCUCAGGAUGUCAGUGUGUUCUACAGCUUCACCACACCCUACCGCCUGCCCUCCUGGAGUAUGUGCACUGGCACGGAAUCGUCUCCCACAGAGUGCAUGCAGGUGAAAUCCUUCUUCUACUUUCUGCAGUACGUGGAACAGCUUUUUGACCACUCAAACCGGUUCUGUGCGCGGAAUGGCGAGUAUGUCAUCAUAGAUGCCAGCUGGUCCAGCUUCCUCAACCCCUGGAGCCGCACGGUCUCCUUUGACAUCGGCAGGCACAAAGUCUGCAUGGGUCCGGUAAAUGAAGACGUGUUUGCAGUUCCUAUCGUCACAGAUGGGAAGUUAAUGGACUCUGACAUCCAGGAGAUAACUGAGGGGAUCCACAGACUUCUCCUACAACCGGUCCACAACAUGGGCUCCAGUGGUUACGGUAGCCAUGGCAGCAAUGGUUUCCACGAGCAGCUGCUGAGUAUGGGGUGGCCUAGCGAGACCAACGGGAACGCCCUUGAGAACAGGAUUAUAGUUGAGGAACCAGGCAAAUCCAAGCUGCAGCUGAAGAGUCCUGUGAUGUUUCUGAAGGACUCAGCGGUGCCCCCUCUGCUGGUCAAGGACAUUACUGCUACUGCUGCUACCAGUGUGAAGGAGGUCACCUAUAGCGACGAGAAUGUCUACUCCUACCAGCAGAUCACCUGUCUGGACAGUGUCUGCAGGUCUCACAGGGCCCCUAAGAAGCUUUCCUCUGGCGCCGCCCCGGUGGUGGGGGGGCCCCUGGCUCUGCCCAGCAAGGCUGAGAGCGUGGUGUCAAUCACCAGUCAUUGUAGCUAUAGCAGCACCAUUGUCCAUGUAGGAGACAAGAAACGCCAGGCAGAAUCUAGUGAGCAUACACACACACACUGUAGAUUGCUGAGUCCCGCCCCUCCACCACUGCCAGUCAGUGUGGUAUCCCCGCCCACCCAGGAGAAGGAGGCCUAUAAGAGGCUGAGGCUGACCAAGCAGGUGUUGUCAGCGCACACCAAGGAGGAGCAAGCCUUUCUUGCCCGCUGUAAGGAACUUUGCAACGCCAGAACCUUCCAGAAAGACUGCUCCACGUACCUCCACAGACCGAGAGGUCUGACCAACACCCAGGAAGCCGCAGGUAGCGGGAACGGCCUGAAACGGAUGCCCUGGUCCCCAUUUGAAGCCUCCCAGUCCCAGGCCUUCUCUGGACCCUACCCUGCCAUGGUGCCAGGCUACCCCUGUCUAGGCUACCCUGCUGCCCCUACCGCCCCUGCCCAGAUCACUCGCCCUGACCCCACUGUCUCCACUGGCUUUGGGGAGGGCCAGAGCAGCCAGGCUCCACCCACUGCUACGCCAUACAAUGCCCCCAUCGUCACCCCCCUUGUGCCCAACUACCUAUUCCCUCAGAUGGGACAAAUGGGACAAAUAGGACAGCUUAGUAAAAUGGGACAGAUAGGACAGAUUGGUCAAAUAGCCGCAGCACCUUCUUUCCUGAGCAGCCCGCCUGCCAGCCCCAACCCACCCACCUUUCCCAGGACAGAUGGCCUACACAACCCAACAGGCCUUCCCGUGCUAGCCCUCCUUCCCAGUGCAGGCUCAGUUUGUCCCCCAGUAUUCCUACCCCACCGAAGCCUUCCCCUUCGGCCAAAGCCCCGGCCAUCAGUUCUUAUCAAGCCAUACUAA